GGAGAGAGAGAGCGUCUCCACACACACACACACACACACACAGGAUCUGUCCUCAUCUCAGAGAUACACAUGUGGUCUGGUGUGAGUUUCUUCUCCCGAUCUGAGCAGUUGUGAGGACGCACUCCUCCGAGGACAGUCUCUAACUCUCUCUUCUGCAUGAAUCUCUUCGACUCCUUCCUGAAAAUGAGCGCCGAGCAGGACAAGGGUCUCUCCGACGCGCCCAGCCCGAGCCUGUCCGAGGACUCCGCCGGGUCUCCGUGUCCGUCCGGAUCGGGCUCGGACACCGAGAACAGCCGCCCGGAGGAGCACCUGAGAGCGUUUAAGAAGCACGAGGAGGAGCGGUUCCCGGUGUGCAUCAGGGACGCGGUGUCUCAGGUGCUGAAGGGUUAUGACUGGUCUUUAGUGCCCAUGCCUGUGCGGGUGAACGGCGCGCACAAGAGCAAGCCGCACGUCAAGAGACCCAUGAACGCGUUUAUGGUGUGGGCUCAAGCCGCGCGCAGGAAACUGGCGGAUCAGUAUCCACACCUGCACAACGCCGAGCUCAGCAAGACCCUCGGGAAACUCUGGAGGUUACUGAAUGAGGGCGAGAAGCGUCCGUUCGUGGAGGAGGCCGAGCGUCUGAGGGUCCAGCACAAGAAAGACCACCCCGACUACAAGUACCAGCCCAGACGGAGAAAAUCAGUGAAGAACGGCCAGAGCGAGAGCGAGGACGGCGAGCAGACACACAUCUUCAGAGCCCUGCAGCAGGCCGACUCUCCGGCGUCCAGCACCGGUGAAGUGCACUCUCCAGGAGGACUCUCAGGUCAGUCCCAGGGUCCCCCCACACCUCCCACAACCCCCAAAACAGAGCUGCCAUCCAGCAAAGCAGAUCUGAAGCGUGAAGGCCGUCCGCUGCAGGAGGGCAUCGACUUCGGGACCGUGGACAUCGGCGAGCUGAGCAGUGACGUCAUCUCCAACAUGGAGGCGUUCGACGUCAAUGAGUUUGACCAGUACCUGCCUCCUCACGGACACCCGGGGGUCAGCAGCGGCGCACAGGUGUACUCCGCCGGAGGGGUCUGGAUGUCCAAACAGCAGCAGUCAUCGAUGGCCGGCGGCGAGCAGCGGACGCAGAUCAAGACGGAGCAGCUGAGUCCCAGCCACGUGUCCUACGGCUCCUUCCACCUGCAGCACUACAGCACCUCCUACCCCUCCAUCAGCCGAGCGGGGUACGACUUCACCCAGCACCAGAGUCCCACCAGCUCCUGCUACAGCCAGUACCCUUUCAGCUACGUGAGCCCCGGCCAGAGGCCCAUGUACACCCCUAUCCCCGACACCACCGGCGUCCCGUCCAGUCCACAGCACUGGGAGCAGCAGCCCGUCUACACCCAGCUGUCCAGGCACUGACGUUCUGGGACACUCGCUGCCCAUUUCGGAAAACGCUGGAAAACUGAAACCAACGGAAUGGCUCCCGACUGUGCCUUUUGAAAUUGUGAUUAUAUUUUUGUAGAUAUAAUGAGACAAGAGAAAUCCUCUGUGAGGACAGAUUCCAGAUACUUAUUUUAGUAUGUACUGUGUAUGUGUUUAUACGCAGCUCUCUGUGCCUCCCGGGCUUCACCCUGGUGACAUUUUUGUAAAGACUCGUUUGCCUGAUAUUUCUGCUUUGUAUAUGUUUGUGGGGGAUUCUUAAAACCUGGUCAAAGCGUGUUGAUUUGUCAUCACAAGCAGGUGCUUCUAGAGUCCGUGCCUAAGAGCUCUUGUGUCUGAAAACUGCCUCGAGUCCAUCUGUGCCUACAGAGAUCACGCUCCCGGAGGAGGAACAGGAAGUGCCCUUUGAACUGAGGCUCUCAGCAGCUCGCCAUUGGUCAGAGAUCACGCUCCCGGAGGAGGAACAGGAAGUGCCCUUUGACCUGAGGCUCUCAGCAGCUCGCCAUUGGUCAGAGAUCACGCUCCCGGAGGAGGAACAGGAAGUGCCCUUUGACCUGAGGCUCUCAGCAGCUCGCCAUUGGUCAGAUUGUCAUUCCUCCAGUCUUAACCUCUUUAAUUUAUUCAUUAGUGUUCAUUUGACUUAAUACUAUUUGCAUUCUUUCUUUUAAUUGGGCUUCGUACAACUAAUUUGUGACUAAAUGUUUCUGGAGAUGAUUGCGAAUUAGUUGUAGUUCAAACUUUAACCAUCUCAUUUAUUUAUCAUUUCUUCAUGUUUCCAUUUAAAAUAUUCCUCUGAUAAUCUUGAUGACUUCUAGUUGUGAAACCUGAUCAAACCUUUUAUAGAAACAACUGGAACUUGUGGUUUUUGUUUGUUUUUUGGCGUCUCAAACAUGUCAACUUCUGCAGGCUGUUGGCUACAUCUCUACGAAAAACACUUUCCCUUGGGUUUUUUAAAGAAAAACUGUAAAACAUGCCACCGUUUAAAAGAAGCUUAUCUUUUGUAUCAUAUUGUUUGCAAUAAAAGAAAGAUAUUUAAAAUA